GAGGACUGGAGGAGUAAAAGGUUGAGUUGAGGAGUUAAAUAAGGAGUUGAGGAGUGAAAGGAGGACUGGGGACGUCAAAGAAGGUCUGCAGGAGUAAAAGGAGGACGUGAGGAUUAAAGGAGGACUGGGGAAGUCAAAGAAGGACUGGAGGAGCAAAAGGAGGACGUGAGGAGUAAAAGGAGGUCUGAGGAAGUAAAAGGAGGACUGGGGUUGUCAAAGAAGGACUGGAGAAGUAAAAGGAGGACGUGAUGGGUAAAAGAAGGACGUGAGGAGUAAAAGGAGGACUGGGGAAGUAAAAGGAGGACUGGGGGAGUAAAAGAAGGACUGGGGGAGUAAAAGAAAGACUGGGGACGUCAAAGAAGGACUGGAGGAGUAAAAGGAGGACUGGGGUUGUCAAAGAAGGACUGGAGGAGUAAAAGGAGGACGUGAGGAGUAAAAGAAGGACUGGGGAAGUAAAGGAAGGACUGGAAGAGUAAAAGGAGGAUGUGAGGAGUAAAAGGAGGACUGUGGACGUCAAAGAAGGACUGGAGGAGUAAAAGGAGGACGUGAGGAGUAAAAGGAGGACUGGAGGAGAUAAAGAAGGACGUGAGGAGUAAAAGGAGGACUAGGGGAGUCAAAGGAGGAGGAGAGGAUUUGAGGAGAUGGAUCUCCCAGUGAUCCGGCUGAGUCACUGUCAGAAGGAGAUCUUCUGUUUCUCGGUGCCGGAGGAGUGUCCGAGCUGUGGGGAGGAGCUGAGGGGGAGCAGACUGCAGGAGGCUCCGGUCAGCCUCCCCUCACCACUCAGCAACGGACACAAGACCUCCUGCUGCCUGCUGGUCGCACCUGCACACGAUAACCACAACAGAGAGUUUGAUGGGACGUCAGAUCUGCAUACUGGUAUCUCCAACACUUCAGGAGUUGUGUAUAACUACACUCGUGGUGGAGUCUCUAGAGAGCAGAGUGGGUGGGAGCGCUGCGUCAGUGUUCCUCUGGUCCGACCCGACAUGUUCCACCUGCUGGCUCAAUGGGAUCAGUACCUGGACCGCUUCUCUGAUGGACCCAUGUGGGACCCUGCCUGGCACAGGUUCGAUGAGGAGCACCAUAACUGCUUCACUUUCUGUCUCCGCUUCAUUAACAGCGUCCUGGCAGCAGAGGGGCGGAGCUCUCUGAGCAGAGAGACUUUCACUCACAGCUUCAUCCUGCCGAGGAUGAGGAGGGUCACCAAAUACACCACGCUGUACCGACACAUCGAGAGACACAAGUACUACAUGGUGGACAGACAGGAGGACACACAGGAGGACACACCAGUUACACCAGGCUUAUUAUAAUCAAUUCUGUUUCAUGAAAGACACCAGCUGACCAGUGUCUCCACUCCACAGAUCGUUUUCAGUUGUAGCUUCACGUGAGGAUGGAGCAGAGUUACAGUCAAUCUGUUGGACUGAGUCAGUUUAAUAUGUAUAUAUA